UUAAUGCUCUUCCCUUUUCCCGCUUAAUUUGAACACAAUGAGUUCGCGGAAAAUCUGUAGUUUCGUCUCAGUUUUGGGAUCAUUUCGUCGUUCAUGCUACAAUAGUACUCGUAAAAACAUACUACUCGAUGAGAAUACUAAGUUAAUAUGUCAAGGAUUUACAGGGAAGCAAGGCACUUUUCAUUCUCAACAAACCCUUGCUUAUGGUACGAAACUUGUUGGUGGUGUUUCUCCCGGAAAAGGUGGAAGUGCACAUCUUGGAUUGCCGGUGUUUAAUACAGUAAAAGAGGCUAAGGAGGCUACAGGUGCAACUGCUACUGUUAUUUACGUACCACCGCCACAUGCUGCUGCGGCUAUUGUCGAAGCUAUUGAUGCACAGAUUCCUCUUAUCGUAUGCAUAACUGAAGGUAUCCCACAACAUGAUAUGAUACGUGUACGGAAACGUCUUGUUGAACAGUCUUCUUCCAGAUUAAUUGGACCAAAUUGUCCAGGAAUAAUAAAACCGGAUAUAUGCAAAAUUGGCAUAAUGCCUGCACAUAUUCACAAACCAGGCACUGUUGGCAUUGUCUCCAGAUCGGGAACACUAACAUAUGAAGCAGUCUUUCAAACUACACAGGUUGGUCUUGGCCAAUCUUUAUGCGUUGGAAUUGGUGGAGAUCCGUUCAAUGGAACAAAUUUUGUUGAUUGCCUUGAAGUAUUCUUAAAUGAUCCUAAUACAGAAUCGAUUAUUCUUCUUGGUGAAAUCGGUGGGGAAUCAGAAGAACAGGCUGCAGAUUACCUGAAACAACACAAUACGGGUCCAAACAGUAAACCUGUUGUAUCUUUCAUUGCCGGAGUAACAGCACCACCUGGUCGUCGUAUGGGUCAUGCAGGCGCGAUCAUUUCUUUGGGUAAAGGAGGUGCUAAGGAAAAAAUGGCAGCUUUAGAAAGUGCAGGUGUAAUUGUUACUCCUUCUCCAGCUCAACUGGGUAAAACUCUUUUAGAGGCCAUAAAUGGUCGUUCACGGGCUAAAAGUAACUAAUAAUCUACACUGAAGUUUACUCCAGAGUUGAUCAAA